AUGCCUUUCUGGCAGCAGCGGUUGCCGGGACGGCAGCCCAUCCUGAACGCCGGCAACGUGUCUUUGCCCCUUAUCGUCGUCGGCCUCGUCUUCAUCCCCGCUGGUGUCGCCAUCUUUUUCAGCUCCAACAGGCUGCAAGAGUACCAGUUCGACUACACCCAGUGCAAGCGCGUGAACUCCAACCAGACCUGCGCAUCCAUCAUCGAGAGGGACCCGCGACAGAGCUGCGUCUGCCUCGAACUCAUUCAACUUCCAGAGGACUUCAAGGAAGCGGUGCACAUAUACUACGGACUUACGAAGUACUACCAGAACUUCCGGUUGUACGUCCAGUCGAGAGACGACAAGCAACUGCUUGGAGAACCCCGCCGGAGCCGGUCCCAGUGCGAACCUGUCGCCCGAGACGGCAGGACGGGAUACGUGUACUACCCGUGCGGUGCCAUCGCCAACAGUCUCUUCAACGACUCGCUGAGGCUCAAGUACUUGGCCGGACCAUCCAACUUCAAGGACAUGGGCCUGUUGUUCGACGACAUCUCGUGGCCCACGGAUCGCACCCGCAAGUUCAAGAAUCCGCCCGGAAUGAACCUGUCCGGCACCAUCAAGCCACCGAACUGGCAGAUGCCAGUCAACGUGAUGCCGGGGGGCAUCCAGAACGAGGCGUUCAUCGUCUGGAUGCGCACCGCGACGCUGCCGUCGCUACGCAAGUUGUACGCCCGAGUGGACCACCACGGACCCUUCGCAAAGGUCAUGCCCAAGGGACGCUACCUGCUCGAAGUCAAAUACCGCUACCCCGUGACGCAGUUCAAGGGCACCAAGCGGCUGAUCCUGUCCAAUGCCUCCUGGAUGGGGUCCCGGAAUCCGUUCUUCGGCAUCGCCUUUAUCUCGGUGGGAUGCCUCUGCGUUGUCCUAGGCCUGGUCUUUAUCGCCAUCCACAGGAAGUUUGGGUCCAAAUGGUGCCACAAUAACAACUACGCGUGUUGA